GCCCGAGCCCUACUUAAAGAACACAAACUCUCAGUCAGAAAAACACUCUCUCUUUCUCUCACACACUACAGAUAACGAAUCUACUAAAACACUCUCCCUACUUUCUGUCUCUGUGGAACCCAUCUGAAGAUCAGGAUGCUUUGCUGUAGAGUGUGUGUCCUGGCUGUGCUGUUAUCUAUCCUCAUCCUCACACUCAUCCCCUCCACACAAUCAGAUUGCUGUCUGAAGUACACUCGGCGUCCAGUGCCAUGCAGACGGCUGAAAGACUACACUUACCAGACCAUUACCUCUUCCUGUGACAUCCAUGCUGUCGUCUUCCACACCCGGAGGGACAAGUUUGUGUGUGCCGACCCCUCUCAAGACUGGACCAAGAAGGUACAACGCUGUCUGCUCAAGCGUCAGGAGAGGAAAUCUAAACUGAAGAAAAUUCUCUGAUCUCAAGACCUCAUGACCUGGAGAUGAUUUAUGUGUGUGUGUGUGUGUGUGUGUGUGUGUGUGUGUGUGUGUGUGUGUGUGUGUGUGUGUGUGUGUGUGUGUGUGUGUGUGUGUGUGUGUGUGUGUGUGUGUGUGUGUGUGUGUGUGUUAUUUACCCUAUUUAUGCUUUACAAACAGCUAAAUAUCUCAAUAUGCAUAGAGUCACUGUUUCAGGAUGGUUCGUUUUUUAACCUGAGAUUUCUGUAUUCAUACAAAUCAUUUAAUAUCUGUGGUUAUUAUUGUUCAUCAUAUCUGUAUUGAUUCUGAAGGUGUUUGAGUUUCAUAUCAGUUUGUGUGUAACUCUAUGUAUCAAUGUUGUAGGUCUGUUUCAUAAACAGCAAGUGCAGUAUUCCUGAUAAACAUGAAAACAUCUGUUUUCACAGAGUACCACAAAAUAUUUUUGUGUUGUUUCAUAUCCUCUGUCCAAUUGGAGCCAGAGAAAACCUUUUUAAUUUUGGCUUUUCAAAGUGUCCAAAUGUAUGUUUGAGUUUUCCUGAGGUGUACUGGGUUGUUUAAGCUAAGAGCUAUGAAAUAGAUAAUAAAAUAUGUACUUGAAAAAAAA